AUGACUUCUAUAGAGAAAACUCGUGAAUUAAUGAGGGACACUUUGAAAAAAGAAAGCGAACUUAACGAUCAAGAAAAAGGCAAGAAAAAUAAGAAGAAAGGUAAACCACGUCUGCAUUAUGAAGAACAUUUCCGUAUACGAUCCGCUGUUUGGCAAGAUCAACUCAUUCUGCGAUACGGUCACUCAGCAAUGGCUGACGCUACAUUCCAUAUAGCGGUCGCAUUGAUUCAAAUGGGUCAGAUU